UAUGGCAAUUUCUGGAGCGAGAGGAUCGGAUGAAGGGUAUUACACAUGUGUUGGGAACUCUCAAUUCAAGAAAGAAGCGGUUUUUACGAGCAAUCUCAAAAUUGCCUCUCGCGUUUAUUCUACAGAUAUACGACCGCUCUCGGAACGUCUUAUUUUUCCUCCACCCGACAAAGAUCGUUUUAUCUUGGUGAAAAAUGGCGAGAAAUUAACAAUAGAAUGUCGACUACCACAGAGUCUUCCUAAAGCAAAACUAAGGCUUUCACGAAAAUCUACUGACGGCGUGCACUAUCUAAAAACAGAAAAGACAAAUUAUGGAAUCAAAAUUUUCUGGAGAAAAGCAGCAGACGAGGCAGUCUCCGGGGAAUACAACUGUGAAGCAGAAAAUGAAGCAGGAAAAAGAAACUACUCUUUUUUCGUUUAUGUUAUUUCUAAGCCUCAAUUUAAGAAGUCCACACCCAUUAGCCAAAGAGUUAAAGAGGGAGAAAAUGUCACAUUUCGAUGUAUUCUACUUAAAGGUUUAAACCCAACAACAAAAUUAGCAUGGAUGAAAGAUGAUGUUGAAAUAAAUACUCUGGACACUAGGUUUAAAGUCAAUUCUGGACGUGGAGAGUUAUUUAUUCGAGAUGUACAAGAAUAUGAUGCUGGUAGCUAUUCCUGUAAAGCAACAACUAAAAGCAAAUUCUUUCAAGCCGUUCAGUCAGAUAAUGCUAAUUUAAAAGUUAUUAUUAAGCUCAAAUUCAUUCCAUCAUUUAAAGAUAUAUAUUAUCUUGAACGUUCUUCAUAUUCGAGUAUUGAUUGUAAAGUCAAAGGAUCCGCCAUACCGACAGUAAUAUGGAGAAAGUCGGAUAACUCUAAGCUUCCUUUACAUGUAUAUCAGAAAGGAGAUAAGUUGAUAUUUAACAAAACAGAGCAGUCACAUUCUGGAAAUUAUACUUGCAUAAGUCGACUAAAGAAUGAGAAAAUAGAGAAAACAAUUAAUAUAACAAUAGUUAUGAAGCCAAAAUUCAGUAUCCUGCCAAUCAAUACAACUGUUAAAAUCGGAUCUCCUGUCAUGCUCCACUGCGUUGCUGUUGGAGAUCCUCCGCCUAAAGUUCAUUGGGUUCAUGAGUUUAAUAAAGAUUUAAUGAAGAAUUCUCGUUUUGAAUUAAAAGGGAAUGGUACACUUUCAAUUUCAACAACAUAUAUGCAAGACGCAGGAAAAUAUACUUGUUGGGCUGGAAACACUGGUGGACUUUCUCAUGCAAUUGUUUACCUUCAUGUAUCAUCAGAAGACGAAAACAGCAGAGCAAGUAAAUUUUCGAUGAUGAAGACAAUUAUUAUUGCUGUCUGCUCAGCAGUAGCUUAUUUAGCGGUUGUUAUUGGCCUUACUGUUUAUUGUUCUUUAAGAUUAGUCAAAAGACGAAAUGCCAGUAAAUUGCCAGAAGAUAAGCAAGAUGGAGCCGAAUGUACUGAAUUGAUAGAAAAACCUAAUAAUGUUCACUCAAUACAAACAGUUGGGUCCAUAAUCAAAAGUGAUUUAAACGACAGUAGAUCACAUGCUUCAUCUCAUCAAAGUCAGUCUACGGCUACAACAUCUGGCUAUUCAAAGUUACUAUUACGACACAAUUUACAAACUAUAGGUUUACUGGGUAAAUCAACAUUUGGUGAAGUUCUAUUGGCGAAAUCUAGGACUCAAGAUUACUCUGACACCUUAGUAGUAGUGAAAUCCUUAUUAUCAUCCGACGAAUAUCACGGACAAAUGUUUCGGUCUGAGAUUGAACUUUUUAGUCGUGUGUCUCAUGACAAUGUAUCCAAAAUUCUUGCUGUUUCAAAGGACACGGAACCUCACUUUUUUAUAAUGCAGUAUUUAGAGUGGGGUAUGUUAAGUGCAUAUUUAGUUGCGUUAAGAAGAGAUUCAACUUCUACAACUAGUCCUUUAACUUAUGGCCAACAGCUUGCUAUGUGUCAUCAAGUUUCUUUGGGUUUGGAACAUAUUGCUUCCCUGAGAAUGGUUCACGGGGACGUUGCUGCGAGAAAUAUUUUAUUAUCUCCCUCUCUCCGUCUGAAAGUUAGCACGAUUGCAUUAAGUAGAGACGCACACGCUCAAGAUUAUUAUAUCAUACGAGAAAAACCAGUGCCAAUUCGCUGGAUGGCGCCAGAGGGUCUUACUCCCGCUGAACUAUCUACUAAAAGUGACGUUUUUUCAUUCGGUGUCUUUGUAUGGGAAGUUUUUACCCUCGGACUCAUCCCGCAUACGCACCUUGCAAAUGAAGAGGUCCUUCAAGCCCUGGAAGCUGGUACAUUAAUACUCGAUCCAUUGCAACAUUGUCCGCUGUCGACUGUAAUUGAAAGAUGUACGAUGCAUCAACCAGUUCUUCGACCAUCCUUUUCUGAAAUUUCUUCGAUAUUGGCUGAUAUGACUAAAGAUUGCCAUUAA